AUGAAGUACAAGCACGUUGUCAGGAUAGGCACAGUUUUACUUGCCACUUUUGCUCUGAUCGUCACUUCAAUGUACUACUUCAAUCAAGANAAAUGUCCCGAGAGUACAUUUUCUUGUGCAAACUCUACCCUCUGCGUAUCGCAAAACAGCUUUUGCAAUAAUGAGCUUGAUUGUCCCGAAGGAGAGGAUGAAGAUAUCUUGACGUGCCUCGAUGCCACAGGCGUGUCCAUGGAGUCUUGGAACUACUACAUAAAAUUAUACAACAAAAAUAAGAUGAAUGCCUCAAUGAUAUCGUGCCCAAAUAUCACCGAAGAAUACUACGACAGCUGCAUUUAUAAUAAUAAUUCGUGUGCAGUUGUAUGCAGUGACUUUCCUUAUCGUGUAAUUCCCCAAAAAUUUGCAAAAACAUUAAAAAAACUUACAAUAAUUGAUAGCUCACUACCGGUACUGAAAAUAGAUUCUUUUCGACGUUACAGCGAACUGGAAGAACUGUAUCUCAACAAUAAUGGGAUACUACUUUUGGAACGUCAUAUUUUUUUCUACCAGAAGAGCUUAACAAAUUUAAAUUUGGUUGGAAACAAUAGGAAAGAGAUAAAAGGUGGCCAUCUUAUUGGAUUGAUGUCCUUGAUCACCCUCAACUUGGCUGAAAAUAAAAUAUUCUCGUUAGAUUUAAAAGAUCUGGAGAAUAGCACAUCGUUAUACUUAUUAGAUGUAUCGAAAAAUCUUUUAACUACUAAGAAUAUAUAUCUCCCAUUUUUACCAGCCUUGAGAGAAUUAAUUUUAGAUCAAAACCAUUUGGACUCUAUAACCGACGAUUUAUUUGCUCAACUACCUGGGUUAACGUCAAUGUGCGUUGGAAAUCUGGAUCAUAAUCUAAUACAGAACAUAUCCCCGGAUGCGCUUGAAAAUUUACACAACCUCGUUGAUUUGACUCUAAUGGGGAACAAAAUAACUGAGUUACCAUCGGAUCUCUUUGAACCAACUCCAAACCUUUCAAUACUAGCCAUAGGGUACAACCGAGGUAUUAAGUACUUACCUUCCACGACGUUCGAGCCAAUUAAAGCCAGCCUUCGUUCGCUAGGUGUCGAAGAAAUCGAUAUCGACAACAUCGACAAAAAAGUAUUCAAUAUGUUUACAAAUCUUGAAACCAUUUACUUUACAAAAUUUCACUACUGCACCACCUACACUCCACACGUGAAGAUAUGCCAUCCUGCUAGCGAUGGUGUCUCGUCACUGUCACACUUGUUAAGAACGACGUUAAUAAAAGUAGCCGUCUGGGGCAUAUGGAGCGUAACCAGCUUAGGUAACACCCUCGUGCUUUGGGGCAGAUUCUCGACCAAAGAUGAAAAUCGCGUGUUAAGUAUAAUCAUAAAAAACCUGGCAGUUUCCGACUCGUUCAUGGGAAUAUAUCUGCUGAUCAUUGGCAUCCAGGACAUACGAUUUCGCAACAGCUACGGCCAAGAGGCUAGAGUUUGGAUGAGCUCGUGGUCCUGUACGCUGAUCGGUAUGCUCGCCAUGACUUCUUCCGAGGUAUCGGUGCUGAUCUUGUCUUUCAUGUCGGUCGAGCGAUUUAUGCUGAUCGCGGCGCCGUUUAGAGGUCGCCGAGCGAUAACUCCCCAAACGGCCGCCUCGGCGAUGCUUGUCAUCUGGGUCAUCGGUAUAUCGGUAGCGAUUUUACCUGCUAUCCUUUGGCGCAGCAGUACGCGCUUUUACGGGCUAAACGGCAUGUGCUUUCCCCUCCACAUCGACGAUCCCUUUGGCGUCGGAUGGGAGUACUCGGCCAUUAUUUUCCUCGGCGUCAAUUUUAUCGGUCUACUGGUGAUUGUCUACGCCUACGCCGGGAUGUUUGCAAGUAUUUUGAAAACGCGCCACGCGACCCCACUGCCGGUGGACGAGUCCGAGUUCGCCCUGAGAUUUUUCCUCAUAGUCCUCACGGACGUCAUCUGCUGGGCGCCCAUCAUCCUCCUCAAGAUCAUGGCUCUCGCCGAGUACCCCGUACCACCCGAUCUGCACGCUUGGGUCGUCGUGUUCAUCCUGCCGGUGAACAGCGCGGUCAAUCCUCUGUUGUACACGUUCACGACGCCAAAGUUCCGGGAUAGACUCACCGAGGGCUGGCUCGGAAAGGUGCGAAACAUCGCGUCGAUCCGAGGAUCAAGGAGUGAAUCCCAAACUUCGUGUUCGUACACCACCAGGAAUGGAAUGUCGGUGUUGUCGAGCUCCAAGAAGACAUUGGCCGACGAGAGGACGUCGAAGCGAUCCUUCAACGAGACGCUGCUCAUCGAUUUCAACACCAAGAACGAGUAA